AUGGCACUUCAGCUUCUAGUUUUUAUUCUCCUCUUUGGGAGUUCAUUGAAGCUAGAAUCCGUCACCGGUGGAAAAAGGAUCGUAGUAGGGAACAACAACGAGACAAAUGAUCGAUUUGCUGUGCUAGAGUUUAAGAAACAAAUUGAUCUUGAUCCGUAUGGAGCACUGAGUUCUUGGAACAAUUCCAUCCAUUUCCGCACCUGGGUUGGGAUCAUAUGUAGCAAUCGUUAUCGACAACGGGUUAUCAACUUGGAUUUACAAGGGAAGGGCUUGGGAGGUAACAUAUCUCCUUCCAUAGGGAAUCUCACUUUUCUGCAUUCCCUCGACCUUGGAAACAAUAGCUUCCAUGGCAAAAUCCCCCAAGAGAUUGGUAAUCUGUUUCGAUUACAGUUCAUUUUUUUUUAUAACAAUACCCUGGAAGGAGAAAUUCCUAUCAGCUUGGCCAACUGCACUCGUCUAAGAGAAAUCCAUUUCCCCUAUAACAAUCUGGUCGGGAAGAUUCCUGUUGAACUAUUUACGUCUUUGUCAAAGUUGGAGACGAUUUCUAUGCAGUAUAAUGGUUUAAUAGGAGAAAUACCAGCUUCUUUUGCAAACAUUUCCUCCUUCCGAAGUAUCCAUUUGGGUGGAAAUGAACUGCAGGGGAGCAUUCCAGAAUCCUUUGGUCAGCUAACAAACUUAAACAUUUUCUCACUCAAAGAAAACAAGCUCUCUGGUUUUGGUAGUUUUGGCUCUGUAUACAAAGGGAUUAUCGAACAAGAUGAAACAAUUGUCGCAAUCAAAGUACUUAACCUUCAAAAUCCAAGAGGUUACAAGAGCUUUAUGGCUGAAUGCAAAGCAUUAAUAAACAUUCGGCAUCGAAAUAUUGUCAAGAUUUUAACUUCAUGUUCAAGUCUUGAUUCAAAAGGCAAAGAUUUCAAAGCCCUUGUUUAUCAGUUCAUGCCCAAUGGGAGUGUAGAUGAUUGGUUGCAUCUGUCGGUCGAGGCACAUAAUCAAUCAAGGAAUUUAAGCCUUCUUCAAAGAUUAAACAUCGCAAUUGAUGUGGCUUCAACAUUGGAUUACCUUCAUUACCACUGUUAUGUGCCAAUUGUUCAUUGUGACUUGAAGCCAAGCAAUGUUCUAUUUAACAGUGAUAUGACUGCACAAAUCUGUGAUUUUGGUUUGGCAAAGCUACUUGUAGAACUUGAUGACAAUUCAUCCCAAACACAAACUAGUACCAUCGGGAUAAAAGGAUCUAUUGGCUAUGUUGCUCCAGAAUAUGGCAUGGGUGGAAGGGCAACUAUACAAGGGGACGUGUUUAGCUAUGGGAUCCUUUUAUUGGAAAUUUUCAUAGAAAAAAGGCCAACAGAUCAGAUGUUUAAAGAUGACCUAAAUCUCCAUAACUUCGCAAAGACAUCUUUUAGAUCCAACACUUCUACCCAAAGAAGGACAAAAUGA